GGUGGAAAAUUAAACGAAUUGUGUAAAAAAAUUAAGAUCAUAAAUUCUUAAAUAGAAAGCAAAAGUCAUAUUUCCAAGUUUUUAUCUUAUUAUGCAAUUACGAGUUUAUUUUUUAUUUUUUUGGUCACCAUUUAUUCCCACUGAUUAGAUAAAAGUUAAACAUUUUCAGUUAUUGCUCUAAGGCAUUAUUAGGGCGACACCUUUAACAUUACCAUUAGUUUUGUCCGUAUUGAAAUAGAAUAGUGGAGUUGAGCACAUCAUAAUAAAGAGCAGAAUCUAUGGGCAAGUGUAUAUCGAAAAAUCCUACAAGUUUAACGAUUGCAUUAUCUGAAAAAGAUUUGGCAACAGCCAGCCAUAUUUUAAGUAAAUUCACAGAAAGUUCCGAGUAUGUUGCACUUAAGGAUGAGCAUAGGAAUCAAUUAUGCGAGUACUAUGCUGUCAAGAGUACACCAAAUGGUGGCGACAUUGUUGUCAUCAGUAACACAAGUAGUAGUAGUAGUUGUAAUGCCAGCCAAAAGACGGAGCAACCACAACAAGAACAUCAGCAGCAAGAGCAACAAAGGUGGCAGUAUCAAGAGUUGCUACAGCAGCAGCAGGAACAAAAUUCUAAAGACGACUUUACCAAAGAAGAAAACACUUGUUUACAUUCAUUGGACCAUUGGACAGUUACAAAAAGUAUACAAAAGCAGCAGAUUGUUAACAAUGAUGACAAGAGCAAUGAUGCAGUUGAUGAUGUACACCACAACACAAACAACAACAAUAAGUGCAACAAAAAAGAUAACAAUGAUUAUGGUGACGUCGUUGAGUCUAUGCUAGUUUAUAAUAACGACCAUGCUGAUGACGAUGAGUAUAUCUCCGAGGAUAACGAUAAUUAUGAUGAUGAAGACAAAUAUGUAACCAUUAUUAAAUGUUCAACGUCUUGUAGUGAUAAUAAUAACAACAGCAGCAACAACAAUAACGAUAAUGGAGAUACUACUCAAGAAAAUAUCAUCUAUGCUGAUAUAAAUCUUGCCAAUUGUAAUAACAUUUGUAAUAAUACAAACAUUAGUUGCAAUAAUGCGAAUAAAAUGGAUAAUAAUUAUUAUGCUGAAAUACCUCCCUACCUGGCACAACUGCUUUUGUAUCAGCAACAACAACAACAACAGGAUCAUCCACCUGCUAGUCCAACCACUAAAACUGCUUCAUUAAUAGAUUAUUAUCUGAACAAGAAAAAAUAUGCCAAUAAACAACAUAAAGUUAAGAAAAAAUCAAAACAGUCAUUAAUACCUGAUAAAGACGUGACGAUGGAUUCAUAUGAUGAUUGCCAUAUUAAGGGUCAAGCCGAAAGUAAAAAGAACUCUAAGAAACAGCACAAUGCAGGUGAAAUCCAAACGAAGGGGACAGCGAUGUCUUUCGGCUUUCGCAAAAACCUAAAUACAACACCAAAAAAACUAAAGAAACUAAUAAAGGGAGAGAACAGCAAACAUUCCAAGAAACAGGAUAAAUAUAAUGCCAACGAUAGUGAUAAUACGGACAAGGGUAACAGUAGUGGUGGUGGCAAGAUUGCUGGCGAUGGACUAAAUACGGGGGAUGGUAAUAGUUAUAGAACAGAUACUGUGAUAGAUACAAACAAUAAAAUUUGCACAGACAAACUAGUCACUAGGGAUGAUAAUGGUAAUGCAGAUUUGCUGAACAAUGUGUAUUUUGAAAAAAUGGGAGCAGCAGCCGCUGCGACUAUACAAACAAAUCAGAAUACAAGUGUAGGCGCUGGUGGUGGUGUUGCUAAUGUUAAGUUACCGGGCGCUGGAAGUCGUUUUGGUUUCCGUGGCACAUAUAGGCCCUCAUCCACGGACAUAACAUCACGCCAACAGAGAGAAUCCCAUGAUAAUAUUGAAAAUAAUAAUUAUAGCGCUAAUGGAAACAACACUAAAGGUGUGCUGGUUAGCAAUUUGAAACGUCGUUCAAAGAGUGCACAUGCUGGCAGAACAACAUCGUCUUCAAAUGAAAGCGAUACCGAAACAGGCGCAGCACCCAGAAAUACUCAAACAAAAACGAUAACAUUCAAUUUAAAACAGAAUAGCACUAUUGAGUAUGAUAGACGUCAGUUCUUUGAGCAGCCGGCACUAAAUACACAAACAACAACAAGUGGCAACAUGAAUUAUCGUGCCAGCCACCAUAAUAUGGCAACAGGCCUACUACACCACAAUAAUGUCAUAGUACGUCCAACACCCAGAGUAGCUGCAACAGCAAUGGCAACAGCAUAUUCAAAAUUCACUUUACAAACUGUUAGCUUGCCAAAGCCUGAAUUUGCUGUGGCCAUUAGUAUUAAUGCUACCACACCUACAACACCAGCCAGCAAUUCGUAUGUUGCAACGCAGGCAUUGGGUGCGGGUACGCGUACAAGAGAACAUUCAUCAGGUCGUCAUCCAGUUACAUUGGGACAGUCAUCCGUACAUGGAGCUCAGCGUAUGGAUGCCAAACAGGCCAAACAUAUGACAAAUAGCACAAGACGUACAUUUAGUGGUAGUCGAGAAAUUUCAGCAGAUUCAGGCAUUGCCAGCUUAGAUAUGGCAUUGGAUAGUUCCACAUCUAGUGGGGCAGGAUCUGUAAAACGUACAUCUUCACCUAAACGUAGCCGCAGUCGUCCCAGAAAUUUGCAAAUGGUGAUGAAUGGUCGUGGUAGGUUUGAGGUGAAGGAUUUAGAUGACUCACUAUCCAGUGAAAGUAGUUCGAUUGUGGAGCCUUUAGCUUUACCUAAAUUACCGGCUGAAAAUCAAACGGUUCCUUUACCCUUAAGUGGUUUAAUACGCUCCAAUACGGUUUUAAGUAGAGAAUCAUACGAAUUAAGGAAUUCAGUUGCCAAACAUAAGGAAAAUUCCGCAGAGGCGGAUGCAAAGCCUCUACAUCAGGCUAUUACAAAUUUGAUCAGUCGACAGCCAUCAGAAGAAGACAGUGAAUCGGUAGAUGAGGAAAAAUUACAUUUGGAUCGGUCAGCCACUGAAAAGGGUUCGAAGGAACGUCAGUUUAAGGAUAUAAAUACUUGCUCCAGUAAGACAUCUUCACCCGGUAGCUCGGUUAUAUCAUCCUGGUGUAAUGCGGGCGAAUCAUUGGCUGCAAAUGAUUUCAGUAAUUUGAGUAUCAGCAGUAGUGAAGAUAGUAACAAGCAGGACAAUAAAUUGGAAGAUAAUCGCAAGGAAAUUGAAAAUAAAUUAUCGUUUGAUCUAAAUGAUGAUGAUUUGAUUACUUUAAAUACUGAUGUACCCAUUAGCACAAUAUCCUCACUCACAGAACCUCUAGCGCUCAAUAUAAACGAUGAAACUGAUAAUGCUGCAAAAUUAGACACAACACUGGCUAUAUUUGAAACUGAGGCUGAUAAGUUCGAACGUCCAAAAUCAUUUUGUGAUACCUUAAAUGAAACUAAAUUCGCUGAAAUGGCUUUAGAGGGUAGUACCUUCCUACUGGAAGAUGAGACUUCGCCCACUGAUAGUUUAGUGAGUAGUACUGAAUCAGAAGAAGCGGCUUGUAAACAAAAGAAACACAAAAUGAAUGAAGAAUUGCAAGAGAAAGAUAUUGAUGAGAUAUCACCAGAAUUAGAUUUGGCUAGUCCUCUAUCGCCUGGCACUCCCACGCAUGCUUCACAUUCCCUAUCACUUUCCGAUUGUGGUAAUUUAAUUGAUGAUGAAAUCGCAGAUCAGCCAGCUUUACUAUUUAACCAAGACUCUCAAGAUGGUGGAGCUGAGAGUGGCACUUCUCGCAGGGAUAGAACUGAUACACCUACACUUAUGGAAAGUAUGGGUUCAAUGCGUGCUUCUAUAAAUAAAUCACGUAGUGCUCUGCAUCAAGCUAUGGAAUUAAGUUUGCGUACACCUUUAUCUUUACGCAAAGCUGUUAUGGAAAGAGCCGAAUCUUUAGACACUCUUUCACCUUGUGAAUCCAUUUGUUCAGAUGAUCUUAUGAUGGAUUUUGAUGUUGCCAGCAGUAUGGAUUCUAUAGAUAGAUCUGCUUCGAUUAAGAGUCGCAGUGGUUCUGAUUUGAAUAAUAUCGAUGAUAAUGAGUUGUUCUCUGAAUUUGAUCGUAAGGGCAGUGAUGUUAUGAGGGAAUUAAAUUCUAUAUUACGUACACGUUCUCAAAAGAGUUCUGACAAGGAUAUCACUGCACAUUUGCCUGCACGUGCUACCCGUCUAUUGAAUCGUUCUCGCAUGCAGCAGCAUUGUACUUUAAAUAACGACGAUUCGGAUAGUACUAAAUCUCCUUUGACGGGUCGACGUCGUACGAAUACAACAUCUUCACGCACCUCAACAGCAUCGUCUACCAAUAAUAAUAUUAAUAAUAGCAACAGCAACAACAAUUCAGCAAAUUCAUCGUUGCAACGUAAAUUUUCACAUCAUCAUAAUCAUCAUCAUCACCAUCAUCAGGCAUCAUCAUCGUCUAGUUUCCAUCAACGCGAUACGCACAGUUCUUCGGACGAUCUCAUGUUGUAUGACAAAUCAUUUAGGAAUGCCAUGAUUCAAGAUGUGUUGCAGUUCAAAAAACAAUUGUUACGUUUACGUAAAAUACUGCAGGAGAAUGAAAAUUUUUUGACGAGGACCGAAACUCUCAAUCCAUUCGAAAAUGAUAAUGGACAACUAUUUACAUCCUGCGGUUUAGACAGCAAGCUGUUAGAUGACAUCGAUUUGGCCAGUUUGACAUCAUCUACAACCGAUGACCCCAUACAGGAGCUGGCGGAUCUACGAAGACAGGUGGUUUAUCUUCAGGGUCAAGUUGAUGAUCGUGAUCGCACAAUACGUUUGCAAAAAAAUCUCAUUGAAAAAUUAGAGGCUGAAAAACUAAAAGCGCCACAUGCUGCUAAUGAAAUUACCACAAAGGAAUGUGUAGAUACAGCAACACAAACUGAAAGGACACGACCUUUAACUAUUGGCACAGAAAGUUUGUCGAGAAGUAAACCAGAAUAUACCAGUUAUACCACAUAUUUCCCAGCAAUUUGCAGUGAUUCUACAACCAUAAUUCAACAUCAUCAACAAAAUCCUGCUGGUUGUUUGGCAAAUAAUCAAACUAGACGUCAUACUAUUAUUUCUACAACAUUAACAAAUUAUAAUCAACAAUUAUCAACGCCACGUCAAACACCACGCAGAGCUUCAAUUGCCUGGGAAAAACAGACUCCAUCAUAUAAACCCGUUAAAAUAACACUAAUUGGUGACCCACUGAAACAUUGGCAAAGUGAGGGUAAUUCGUUAAAUAAAAAUAAAGAUGAAGAAUUUAGUAAAAAUUUUAUUAAUACAAAUUUAAAUAAUAAUAUUAAUAAACAACAACCAUUAGCGCAACAAGAGAAUGCCCAUAAUAAUAUAAUAUUAAAUUCAAAACAUCAUCAUCGUCUGCAGGACAUUAUGGUGGCAAAUGAAAUGAAAACAAAAACUCAUCAUCAGCAACAGCAUCAACGUAGUAAUAAUCAACAACAGCAACAUAAUAAUCACCAUCAUCAUCAUAUUCAACCAAAUCUUCAACAGCUGCAGCAGCAACAACAACAGUCGUCGCAUCAAUUUUAUAAAACAACAUCACAUCAACACAAUAAUUUAAAACCAACAGUUACUAUAGUUUAACAACAACAACAAACUAACAUAUUUCUAUAUAAUUUUUAGUGAUCAAGAAAAAUAUAGUUAUAUCUUUUUAAACAAAUCAUUAAGUUUUUAACGAAUGGGGUUAAUGCUAAGAUCUGUAUGUUUUUAUAUCUAUAUAAGAAGAGUUUCUUAGUUUAAACAUUCGCCAUUUGUUCAUGGCAAUUUCCAUCCCUGGAAGAUCAUACAAAUUUUUUAAUUCUUAAUUAUGAAUUUCUUUGAAAAAACUUGUCGGAUUCCUUUCUGAAUCUAGAAAUGUAAUUUUUAUAAAUAUCUUCUAUAUAUCUAUAUUCAACCUUCGUACAAUGGUAAUUACUUAUUCAAUGACUACUAUAUAACGAGUCUUGUAAUGACUUACAAAUAAUAAUUUAUUUAUCGACAUAGGCAUACACUAAUUAUUCACAUAUUUCUAUUCAAAAUUUUCGCUUAAAUUGAACCUCUUCAUAUAUUUAUGUAUUUAUAUGCAAAAAGAAAAAUAAUGAUCGCAAUUUAACCCCACUGAAAUCUAUAGUUUAUUUGUUAAACAAAUAUUCUAAAAACCUGAACUUAUUGUUAUUAUUCUUUUUCUCUCCAAAUCUCUUUGUUUGUUUGUUUUUCUUAUUAUUACUUAACGCACAUUUUAAACUAAUUAAUAUU